AUGCAAAAGUUUGUGGAAUCAAAAGAGUUCAAAGACCUGAAUGUCGGGUUCUUUCUAGAUGAAGGACAAGCUUCAACUACGAAUAAAUAUCGUGUGUUUUAUGCUGAUAGAUCUCCUUGGAAUCUUGUUAUCAAGGCUGUUGGGAAACCAGGACAUGGAUCAAAGAUGUUUGAUGACACUGCAAUGGAGAAUUUGAUGAAGAGCAUCGAGGUCGUGUCAAGAUUCAGGGAGAAUCAGUUUGAUUUGGUGAAAACCGGGGUUUUAGCAAACUCCGAGGUUGUUUCUGCAAAUCCGGUUUAUUUAAAAGCGGGAACUCCUUCUAAAAAUGGAAACUUUGUGAUGAACAUGCAACCUUCUGAGGCGGAAGUAGGUUAUGAUGUGAGGUUGCCACCAACUGUUGAUCCGGAUCUUUUGAAGAAGCGGAUUGCUGAAGAAUGGGCACCUAAAACAAGGAACAUGAGUUAUCAUAUUGUGGAGAAAGGACCAUUGAGAGAUUAUAUGGGGAGACCUUUGAUGACUGCAACUAACGAUUCGAAUCCAUGGUGGAAUGUUUUUAAGGAUGCUGUUGAAGCAUGUGGUGGGGAGCUUGAAAAGCCUGAGAUUUUAUCUUCUACUACUGAUGCUAGAUAUAUGAGGCAACUUGGGAUCCCGACUUUUGGAUUUUCACCUAUGAAGAACACCCAAAUUUUGCUUCAUGAUCAUAAUGAGUAUUUGGAGGAUACGGUGUUUUUAGAGGGUAUUAAGGUAUAUGAAUCCAUCAUUAAGUCAUUGAGUUCCUUUGAGGGGUGA